AUGAAUGAUUUUGGAGAAGAGGAUGAAAGACAAAUUUUAGAAGGUACAUUUGUUGAUAAAUCUUCAAAACAGACUACAAACGACAAUGAAAAUAAUAAUAAUAAUAAUAAUAGAGAGGAAGAAAAUGAAAAUCAAGAUAAAAAUGUAACAACAAAAAAUGAUGAAGAUAAUAAUAAUGAUGCCAAUGAUGGUGAUGAUGAUGAUGAUGAUUUAUUUGGUGAUAAAGAUCUUGAAGAAAAUGAUAAUGUAAAUAGUGAUAAUGAAAAAAAUAAAAGUAAAAAAGAUAAAGAAGAUCAAGAUCAAGAAGAACAACAAGAAGAUCAAGAGGAUGAAGAAUAUAGUAAUAAAAAAAAGAAAAAAAAGAGUAAAAAAAAUAAAAAUCGUCAUUCAACAGAAGAGGAUGAAACAAUGGAAGAUGCUAAUGAAAACCUUGAUUUUGCAACUGGUGCAGGUGAAGAGGAGGAAGAAGAAGAACCUGAAUUAAUUCGUGACCCAAUCACAUUAACUCAUAUAGAAACUUCAAAUGUUUUACCAGCACAAAAGAUUAUGAAAUUAAAAUUAUUAAAUAUUUUAGGAAUUCAACCAAAACCAUUUGAUCCAAUAACAUUUGAAGAUGAAGAAGCAAUGAAUGGUGAUGAAAAGAGUAAAUUUAAUGUUGAAUCAGUGAUUAGAUGGAGAUGGGGAUUGGAUUUAAAUGGUAGACCAGCAAAAGAGAGUAAUACAAGAUUGGUGACAUGGUCAGAUGGAUCAUCACAUCUAUAUAUUGGUAAUGAAGUAUUGGAGAUAAAGGAACAACCAUUACAGAAUGAACAAUUCUAUGUUUACUCAUCUCAAGAUGGUUUCAUAGAGUGUGAGGGUAAAAUCGAUUCAAGAUUAAGUAUUAGACCAACCAAUAUUAAGAGUAAAGUUCAUCAACGUCUCUCUGAGAAUGUUGCAAAGAGAACUGUAAAAGUCAGUAAAAUCAAAUCAAUUCACACUACAUUGGAUCCAGAGAAAGAGAAAGAAAAACGUGAAAAAGAAUUAUUGGAUGCAUUGAGAGAGAAAAAGAAGCAAAAGGAUGACUCUUAUAGACCUAAUAGAGGUAGAGGUGGUAAAAGUGGUUCUCUAACCGCCUCUUAUCUAGAAAAUGAUGACGAUGAUUACGAUAGUUAUCGUAAUGAAAAAGGUGAUGAUUUCGUUGUCGACGAUGAUGAAGAUGAGGAAGAUGAUGAUUACAAAGAAAGUGAUGAUGAUGGUUCCGAUAGUUCUGAUGAUGAUGGUUCUGAAAGUGGUGAAUCUGAAAGUGAUUCCGAUGGUGAUAAUAAAUCAAAGAAAAAAGAAAAUAAAAAUAGUAAUGACAAUAAAAAUAAUAAAUCCCGUAAACAAGAUUUUGAUGAUGAUGAAGAUGAAGAUGAAGAUUUAAUUGUAUCAACAAAGAAAGUUAAAAGAAGAGUUAUUGAUGAUGAUGAUGAUGAUGAAGAUUAA